AUGACACAUCGCAUUGACUACCUACACUCCCUUCCUGGCUAUGAAUACAUGAACUGUCGCUCAAUUGCAACAAUCGAAAUCCACUACUACUUCCCUGAUGGUACACAAGGGCCAGAGCAUCCAAAUCCCGGGAAGCCCUACACUGGAACAUCACGGACAGCCUACCUUCCAGACAAUGCGGAGGGCCGUGAGGUUCUCAGGCUGCUGAAGCAAGCCUUUGACAGCCGUCUAGUCUUCACCAUUGGUACAUCAGCAACUACAGGAUUGACUGAUACUGUGGUGUGGAAUGGUAUCCCUCACAAAACCAGCAAGUAUGGUGGACCUAACAGCUACGGCUACCCUGAUCCUCAGUAUUUGGCAACAGUGAAGGAGCAACUAGCUGCAAAGGGCAUCAAGUAGCCAAGGGAGUUAAUGCAAUGGAUCUACAUUUGUACAUGUAAAUGUGUAGUAUUUUUGAUUUCUUGUUUUUAUGUUGUAGCAAAAGUCAGUAUAGUGGUGGACACAGGACAAUCAAUGCAGUUUUACAACCAUAAUGAGCGUUAGUUGCAAAUGUAACAUCUAGUACAUUGCACUUUCACGAAGCCAGCAUGAUUAUGUUUUGUACUUGCUUACUGCUACAAAUGGUUUUGUGGUCAGACAUGUAAUCCAUCCACUGCAAAGUACAGACUUCUAAGAUCAGUGUGUUGAAAAUGAUGAUCCUGGCAUCAGACAUGACCCAUUAGAUAACUGUUACAUUAGAUAGACCAUUUUCUUGACCAAGGCAUAGCCAGUGCAUAGUAAUGCCACAGACUAACUGCUACUUAUUUUGCCAUUACAUCUACCAACAAUUGAAUCAUACCUUCAGAAUUAAUGUAGGAAUAUUGAAAUAAAAUCCUUAGUUUGCUA